AAGUUGCAGUAGUGCUGCUGGAUGGAUACACAUUUAAGGAUCCAGGAGAGAAGGUGUAUGGCAAGCUACUAGAGCAUCAGGUCCCAUUUAGCAUCAUACCUGGAUCACUGGCUGGACACAAGGAAGGUGGUCUCACUCUACUGAAAAAAAGGUCUCAUGAAAUGGCCACAGAGGACCAGUCCUCACCAACCCAGGAAUCAAUCGGCGAGCUUCCCAGAUCUCCAAGUAGCCCAUCUCGCUUAACUCAUUUUAAACCACUAACUCCUGAUCAAGAAGAUCCACCCUUCAAAUCUGCAUACAGCUCCUUUGUGAAUCUGUUUCGUUUCACUAAAGAUGAAGUCAGACCAGCAACAUCUUCAGAUAGAACCGAGUCAGGGCCUGGUGAUCCUGCACUGGGAAGCAUGUGGUCUAGUCCACAUCACUCUUCGGCGUCACGGUCUGACAGAUCACCAAUCCAGUAUAAAAAGCAGCCAGUAGGCGAAAGAAGGACCUCCAAUGCUUCAGACACUCGAAGAAAACCAGAACCACCUCUGGGUCAUGACCCACGCACUGCUGUACAGCUGCGCAGUCUUACCACAGUGCUAAAACGAUUGAAAGAGAUUAUGGAAGGGAAAAGCCAGGACAGUGACUUGAAGCAGUACUGGAUGCCUGACAGCCAGUGCAAAGAAUGCUAUGACUGCAGUGAAAAGUUCACCACCUUCCGAAGGAGACACCACUGUCGGCUUUGUGGUCAGAUUUUCUGCAGCCGUUGCUGCAACCAGGAGAUUCCUGGAAAAUUUAUGGGAUAUACAGGUGACCUACGGGCUUGCACUUACUGCCGUAAGAUAGCAAUAAAUUAUGCCCAUUCUUCGGACAGCAACCCCAUCGGUGAAGAACUGAACACAUUGUCGGAUUCCACCUGCUCACUCUCUGUGCUGGAGCCUGGAGAACCCCGUACUCCAGUUGGAGGAAGGAAGUCCAGUCGUAACAUCUUCUUGGAAGAUGACCUUGCCUGGCAAAGUCUGGUUCACCAGGAUGGUACGAAACCCUCUUUGGCAGCACGUUUGGCAUCUGUACAAGAAGAUGCUGGGAAAUCUCCUGCUAGAAAUAGGUCUGCAAGUAUUACAAAUCUUUCACUAGACCGCUCUGGCUCCCCAAUGGUACCAUCCUAUGAGUCUGUCAGUCCCCAGGCUUCUCGGGCAUAUCAGAAAAAUGAUGCCAAUGAGGAGGAGAGGAAAAUACUUCUAGACUCUGUGCAGCUUAGAGAGCUAUGGAAGAAGAUUUGCCAUCACAACAGUGGCAUGGAGUUCCAGGACCACCGCUACUGGUUGCGAACACAUCCUAACUGCAUUGUUGGAAAGGACCUGGUUAACUGGCUAAUGAGAAAUGGGCACAUAAACACUAGAGCACAAGCAAUAGCCAUAGGACAAGCCCUUAUGGAUGGCAAGUGGUUGGAUUGUGUCUCCCAUCAUGAUCAACUUUUUCGAGAUGAAUAUGCCUUGUACAGACCUCUUCAGAGCACUGAAUUCUCUGAAACGCCUUCGCCUGACAGUGAUUCGGUGAAUUCCGUUGAAGGGCAUUCAGAACCUUCAUGGUUCAAGGACAUAAAGUUUGAUGACAGUGACAAUGAACAAAUUCCUGAUGAAGGGGAAGAUAAUUUGACCAAUUCAGCCAGUCCUAGCAAGCGUACAUCGGUCAGCAGCUUCCAGUCCGCUAUGGACAGCGACUCUGCCGCUUCCAUCAGCCUCAAUGUGGAGAUGGACAACGUCAACUUUCACAUCAAGAAGCACUCUAAGUAUCCCCAUGUGCCCCCUCACCCUGCAGACCAGAAAGAAUUUCUUUUAUCGGAAGAUGGUGGACAACAGAUGGUCUCAAUAAGUGACGCAUUCAUCAAAGAAUCUUUAUUCAAUCGUCGCGUGGAAGAAAAGUCCAAGGAUUUGCUGUUUACUCCUUUGGGGUGGCACCAUAACAGCCUGGAUCAGCUGAGAGAAGAGAAUGGAGAGAAGCAGGCAAUGGAGAGAUUGCUUUCAGCCAACCACAGUCACAUGAUGUCUUUGCUGCAGCAACUGCUAUACAAUGAGUCCCUUUCUCUGUCAUGGAGAGAUGUCAUUGUGCCAGUGGUGUGUCAGGUGGUACAAACUGUCCGACCAGAUGUAAAAAAUGAUGAUGACAUGGACAUUCGCCAGUUUGUACAUAUCAAGAAGAUUCCAGGUGGGAAGAAAUUUGACUCUACAGUGGUUAAUGGCUUUGUCUGUACCAAGAAUAUAGCACACAAGAAGAUGAAUUCCAGUAUUAAAACCCCUAAAAUUCUGCUGCUAAAAUGUUCCAUUGAAUACCUGUAUCGGGAGGAGACGAAAUUUACAUGUAUAGAUCCCAUAGUCCUCCAGGAAAGAGAGUUUCUAAAGAACUACGUUCAAAGGAUUGUUGAUGUACGACCCACUUUGGUUCUAGUGGAGAAAACUGUGUCCAGAAUAGCUCAGGAUAUGCUACUGGAAAAUGGCAUAACUUUGGUUAUUAAUGUUAAACCGCAAGUUUUAGACCGAGUGAGUCGGAUGACACAAACGGAUUUGGUUAUGUCAUUGGACCAACUGCUGACCAAACCUCGCCUUGGCACCUGUCACAGGUUUUACAUGCAAGUCUUCCCCUUGCCCAAUAAUGAAGCCAAAACCCUUAUGUUCUUUGAAGGAUGUCCAUCACAUUUGGGCUGCACGAUUAAGUUACGUGGAGCCUCCGAAUAUGAGUUGGCCCGUGUGAAAGAGAUAAUCAUCUUUAUGAUCUAUUCUGCCUAUCAUUCACAGUUGGAAAUUUCCUUCCUUAUGGAUGAAUUUGCUAUGCCACCAACACUGCCCAAAAGCAGUUCUUUCCGGUCACUCAUUGAAGGUCAUGAAGGUGACAGCAGUCAGAUAGACUUAUUUAAUGGGGAACAAUGCAGUGCAAUCAAUUGGGAAGCAGACCUGUCAUCAGAUAGACUGCAGAUUAUUUCAGAGUCACAGUCCGCUGAUGAUAUAGACUUGGUAGAGCAAAAAUCGGGUUUUGAUGAAUCCGGAAGUAAGAGUCUUGAACAUUGUUCCUUAACCCAACAGGAUUCUCUUGUUAUUUUAUCAUCAUCAUCCCUGCUGUCUUCUGUGUCAAUUGAACCUGAACUGUUGACUCAAAUGUGCCACAUACCUGGGCUUACACAAGACCAGGGUACCGGCCAACAACUGGAUGAUCCUCAGGAGACCAAGAAUGAGCUAAAGCUUUUUCGAGAUCCCUUGCAGGAUGACACUGGGUUAUAUAUAACAGAGGAAGUCACUUCUUCAGAAGAUCGGUUAAAGGUGCACUCUGUGUCUUUUAAGCAGGAACUGAAAGAUGUUAUUCUGUGCAUUUCUCCUAUUAUUUCUUUCAGGGAGCCCUUUUUGUUAACUGAAAAGGGAAUGAGAUGCCCUACAAGGGACUAUUUCCCAGAAGUGGUAUAUAUGUCUCCCCUCUUAAACAAAGAAGUGAAAGAUCUGGAAAGCAGAAGAAAAAAACAAUUGCUCCGUGAAUACUCAAGCAUUAAAGGAAUGAAUGGAAAUGUUAAUGGAAGGGCUCUUGAGGUUUUACCCACGCAUGAACUGCUUAGCACCAAAAUUGCUGAAAGCUUAGGUGAUAGCCAAAGUUUGUCCAGGAUUUUAGCUGAUUAUCGUGCUAGAGGAGGCAGAAUACGCCAGAAGAAUAUGGAUCCAUUUGUGCAGCCAAAGGAUGCAACCAGUGGUCCUAGUAACAAAAAUGAAUUAAAAACAGAGUCUGAUGAAGACAAAGGUGUAAACCAGCUUGAAAUUUCGUUGAAUUCUAAGAUUGACUGCCUGAGUAUUGGAAACCAUCAAAGACUUUGUGUCCUCUUCAGCAGUUCCUCAUCACAGUCUAACAAUGCUCCUAGUUCCUGUGUCAGCCCAUGGAUUGUUACAAUGGAAUUUUAUGGUAAAAAUGACUUGACACUGGGAGUAUUUCUGGAGAGAUACUGCUUUAGGCCUUCUUACCAGUGUCCCAGUGUAUUUUGUGACACUCCAAUGGUGCAUCAUGUGAGACGCUUUGUUCAUGGUAAUGGCUGCGUUCAGAUCAUUCUAAAGGAGCUUGACUCCCCAGUUCCUGGAUACCAGCACACUAUUCUCACAUACUCCUGGUGUCGGAGCUGCCAGCAGGUGACACCGGUGGUGCCUUUGUCCAAUGACUCCUGGUCCAUGUCUUUUGCUAAAUAUUUGGAACUUCGUUUCUAUGGGAACCAGUACACUCGAAGAGCUAAUGCUGAACCCUGUGGGCACUCCAUACAUCAUAACUAUCACCAGUAUUUCUCAUAUAACCAGAUGGUUGCUUCAUUCAGUUAUUCUCCCAUUCGACUCCUUGAGGUAUGUGUACCAAUGCCUAAAAUCUACAUAAGGCAGCACACACCAGCAAGAAUGUCAAUAUUGCAAGAUAUAAAGGAUUUUUCCCAAAAGGUAACACAGGUUUAUACACAAGUGGAUGACCGCCUUACUUCUCUGAAAACAGAUACAUUUAGCAAGACACGGGAGGAGAAGAUGGAAGAUCUUUUUGCACAGAAAGAGAUGGAGGAGGUAGAGUUCCGGAACUGGAUUGAGAAGCUACAGGCACGAUUGCUCUCUACCAACCUGGAUACACCUCAGCAGCUCCAGUCUGUCUUCGAGUCUAUGAUAGCUAAGAAGCAGUCACUGUGCGAAAUGCUGCAAGCCUGGAACAACAGGUUGCAAGAACUGUUUCAGCAAGAAAAAGGCCGUAAAAGGCCCUCUGUGCCUGCUAGUCCAGGAAGAAUGCGUCAAGGGGAUGAGAACAAGGGAUGUGCAGUUGAUGCUUCUUCACGCAAUUCAUCUCCAGCACAGAAUGGGGAAAAAGAGGAUCGAUUUAUGACAACCUUAUCUCAAAGUUCCACUGGCUCAACACACCUCCAAUUGCCCAGCCCACCUGAAAUUGUGUCAGAUCAGUUGUUUUCUGGUACAUCAACAACUUUAAGCACCACGGAGAUGGAUACGGCCAGCAGCUCUGAAGAUGUGUUUGACGGACAUUUGCUGGGCUCUACAGACAGUCAAGUAAAAGAAAAAUCCACUAUGAAAGCGAUACUUGCAAAUUUGCUCCCUGGAAACAGCUAUAACCCGAUUCCACUGCCCUUUGACCCCGAUAAACACUACCUAAUGUAUGAACAUGAGAGAGUGCCCAUUGCUGUGUGUGAGAAGGAGCCAAGUUCCAUUAUAGCCUUUGCUCUAAGCUGCAAGGAAUACAGAAAUGCGUUGGAUGAGUUGUCUAAAGCAUCUAUGAAGAAUUGUUCUGAAGAGGUUGCCGUGUCUAACAACAUGAUGGAUAACAGACCGAAAACGAGCAGUCCAUCUCGAGUACCUGAAAACAUCUCGGUUCAGCCUAACCGCGCUGCAGAACCAGAGCCUCCGAGCAAAAAGCCUUCAGGGGUUUUAUCCUUCUUUCGAGGCACAGGAGGGAAGAGCCCAGACUUGUCAGCGCAGAGAAAAGAAACCUUACGGGGAGCAGACAGUGCCUAUUACCAAGUGGGACAAAUGGGCAGAGAGGGUGCAGAGAGCCAGGGAGCUGAACCUCAAGAUGAUACAGAAGGAAGUGACAAACAGAAGAAACAGUCAGGGAAUCCACACGUAGAACUUCAGUUUUCAGAUGUGAAUGCAAAGUUCUACUGUCGCAUAUAUUAUGCAGGAGAUUUCCAUGGAAUGCGCAAAGUGAUUUUGGGAAGCAGUGAGGAUGAUUUUAUACGUUCCCUCGCUCACUGUGUGCCAUGGCAAGCCCGGGGAGGGAAGUCUGGUGCAGCAUUCUAUGCAACAGAAGAUGACCGUUUCAUUUUAAAGCAAAUGCCUCGACUGGAAGUGCAGUCUUUCCUUGACUUUGCCCCACACUAUUUUACUUACAUUACGAACGCCGUUCAAAUGAAGAGACCAACUGCCUUGGCGAAGAUUCUUGGAGUGUAUCGAAUUGGUUAUAAGAAUUCUCAGAACAACACCGAAAAGAAGUUGGAUCUUCUGGUUAUGGAAAACGUGUUUUAUGGAAGAAAAAUGGCACAGGUUUUUGAUCUGAAGGGCUCACUAAGAAACCGUAAUGUGAAAACGGACACUGGAAAGGAGAGCUGUGAUGUGGUGUUACUAGAUGAAAAUUUACUGAAGAUGGUGCGAGAUAACCCUUUGUACAUUAGAUCACAUUGUAAAUCAGUCCUUCGAGCAUCUAUCCACAGUGACUCCCAUUUUCUGUCCAGCCACCUUAUUAUUGACUACUCUUUAUUAGUGGGUCGUGAUGACACUUCUGAUGAACUUGUUGUUGGGAUUAUUGAUUAUAUCCGAACGUUCACCUGGGACAAAAAGCUUGAAAUGGUGGUAAAAUCAACUGGAAUAUUGGGUGGCCAGGGGAAAAUGCCAACCGUGGUAUCUCCAGAACUUUAUCGAACAAGGUUCUGUGAAGCAAUGGACAAAUAUUUUUUGAUGGUCCCUGAUCAUUGGACAGGCCUCGGGGGCAACUGUUAAACAUCUGAGCAGAAUAACCUACAUUUGAAUACAUUCUCGCUACUGCACAGAGAAGUCUAAAUGACUAUGAAUCGAUAAUUCAUAAAUUUCAAAGGAUUUUAUAUGAAACAUGGAUGACAUUGCAAUUAUUGGAACUGGAUUAGCAUAGGCAGUUGAAGAGGACCAUAACUAAUUGUAAAUAAGGCUAUUCCAAUGUGACUUUGUUAACUGGAAGACUAUGUAAUUACGUUAUGACUGCUAUGCAGCCAGUACCCGGGACUCUCAGUAUGUAGGUAGCAAUGUAACUCUGAGUACUUUUUUUCAAACCGUAAAGUCAUGGGCGCAUUCAAGUAUGUUUUCUUGUUAUCUCUUGCAUUAAUACAUUUGCCAUAAUGUAUAAACUAUCCUCUCUGUAAGGCACAUGUAAGAACAUCACAUUUUUCUCUAAAAGCCACACAUACAAAUAAACCUUCAAUAAUACGACCUGUUUAUACUGGAACAAAUAUGCAUGUUCAGCAUUGAGUUGAAAUAGUCAUUCUGUAGCUGAAUACUUUUUUUUUUUUUUAAUUUAUUUUUUAAUAUCUCAAGAUUACACGGGAGAAGGAUAGUAUGCAAUAUAUCAUUUUGGGGGUGGCAUUGUUGUUUCAGCUUUGACAUAUAGAGUUACAGGGCAGUGCAGGGUUGUAGAUAUUUCAGCAUCUGCAAAUGUGAAUUGUGCAAAACUGUAGGUUCACAUUUUCUUCAAAGCAAGCAUUAAAGUCAUUACAAAGGGAGUUAGCCAUUUUAAUGAGUCCCUGUGUGCUGUUUCAGGUUAGACCUUAUCCCCUUAAGGACACAACUUCUGAAAUAAAUGGGAAUCGUGACAGAAUAUUUCCGUCAUGUGUCCUUAAGGGCUUAAAGCCUGCCUUACUGUUUUCCCUGCAUAUAAGAUUCUGAAUACUACUCCAAUUAAGCUAGUGAGAUAGUGAAUGGUAUAACCUGGCAACCAAGACUACUUAUUUUUUAUUACAACUGGUUUUAUAGCUCAAUAAGUGUACAUACAUUUUAUAUUGCAUAUACUCUAAUAUAAAAGAUACACCUAUCUGGUUACUGAAUAGCAUUUGUCCCCUGUAGAGAGCUGCUAUUCAGUUAUCAAAGCUAUGUUAAUCGCUUCUAAUAGAAUCUAGCACAUAAUGUGUUAUUUACCUGAAAGUUACAUAAAUGUUUUAAACGUUUGAGCCAACGCUGCAUAUCUUUAUUGCACCCAACACAUUUAAGGUGGAGUUCCCUAUAAUAUUGGUGUUUAUUUAAUUUCACAAUUAAUCUGUUUACAAGCCUUAAGUCGUGUGGAGUACAAAAACGUUGUUUACGCACA